AUUUUGCAGAUACAUACUUACAAUAUAUGACUAUCUCUCUCUCUGUAUAUUCAUAUAUUUAUUUAUAUAAGUAUAUGUCAUAUUGAAGUCAAAUGUCUAAAUAGGCUUCAUGUACUGAAUGUAAGAAGAGAGUGUGAUAUAUGAAGUAAACAAUUGGGAUCAAAUUUAUUUUUGGACGUAACAUAAAGAAUAAGUUGAUUAGAUUUUUGUGUAUAUUUAUUUACUUCUUAAAUUUAUUCUUUUAUAUAAAGAAACGUUGUUACAAAAAGGAUAUAGAACUACAAAUUGGAAACAAUGUUCCGAUCGUCGACUAUAGAUAAAAGGAGAAAGCUAUUGGGCGAAGAUUUUGAUGGUAUAUUAGAUCCUGUCAAAGAAGAUCAACUUUUCGAGUAUAUUGACGAGAAAAUAAAUUGUGGAACAAGCUCAGAAGAUACAAAGGAUAUAGAAGAUUGUCAGAUGGAACUACCUUCUCCAAUUUGUGGAAAUUUCAUAUUUGGCAAAAAGAAGAGAAGUAAAGUAAAUAAAUAGAACUAUUUAUUGUGCAUAAAAUAUAUAAAAUACUCUAAAACAAGGGAUACUUUUAUCAUAACUUGACUAAAAACCUAGUGCAUAAAAAGGCUUUAACUAUUCUUUUAUAGUUUGUCAAAGUUGGUGGAAGUAAUAAAGAAAAUGAAGUCGAACCCCAUAUGUAUAGUGUUUAUGAGUUGAUGAUUUCUAAAUGGAAAUGUAAAAAACCUCACUUAGUCAUUUCAAUAACUGGAGACGCCACUGAAACUGAUAUAAGUACUCAGGGAUCAAAAUUCAAAUACAAAUGGGGACAAGAGCUAAGGUUUUUGGUGAAUAAAACAAAUUCCUGGGUAAUUACUGCAGGAACCAAUGCUGGGGUAAUGAAAGAAACAGGAGAAUUAAUAAGUAUGCCCGAUUACGUACUUAACACCAAGAACCCUUACGAAGCUGUUGUUAUUGGAGUUGCUCCAUGGUGGAGAAUUCAGCAUAGAGAAUCAAUAAUUGAAGAAGCGAAACGAACUAAUCCUAAAAAGAUACCCUUAAAAUACUAUUAUAAUUUGAAUAAGGCUGCAAUGCCUAAAAGAACAUUGUUAAAUUCAAAUCAUUCACAUUUCCUUUUGGUCGAUGAUCAUAAAGGGAGUUGGGGAUCCGAAGUUGAUUUUAGAAACAGUUUUGAAGGUCAUUUAUCAACUGAAGAAAAAAUUCCCGUUGUUUGCAUUAGCAUUGGAGGUGGGCCGGGAACGCUACAAACCCUUGCCGGGGCUAUUACAAAGAAAAUACCUAUAAUCUUAGUCAAAUACUCUGGAAGAAUAACUAAACUCUUUAUUGAUUUUAUAGAAAAAAAACUUAAACCAUUCGAUAAUCGAGAGGAAUUUCUCAAUGCACUCAAAAACCUUGUGAACGAGGACAGUAAAGCGUAUAAAUUCUUCACCGAAAAAGAAGAAUACUGGCACCAUUGGAAAAUCUGCCAAGAAAUGCUAAAUACCGAUGUAUUCCAAAUCUACAAUCCAAAAGCCUUAAAUCAUGUUCCACUUAAAUCUUUAAUAAUGAGAUCAUUAAAGGGGGCCGCUAUGUCAGAUGGUAAACUAACUGGAACUGAAUGGAGGGCAAUUUUAAAAUUGGCAGUUGAUUUAGAUGAAGAUAAGAUAGGAAUGGAAAUGUUAGAAAAAACUAACUUACCGGAAAAUUUAGCUGAAAGUACAUUACCAAUUGAAGUUGCUUUAGAUAAAAAUAGAAUAGGCUUUUUGAAGGAGUUUAUGAAACUUGGACUUGAAUUACACACUGGAAAUGCUUUAGAUGAUCAUCUGGUAUCUGGUCUAAAUAUGGCGCGAUUAUAUUCAAAAAUAAGACAACCUCAUCUAAAGAAAAUAUUCAAAAUUAAGAAAUUUGGAGAAUUCGUUCCAUGUUAUAGGAUUAGAAAAUUCUAUAUAAAAUGUCUUUCAUUAAGAAAUGCAGAAUUUACAACUUUUCUUCCCGGCUAUGAUUGUUGCGAUAAAUGUAUCGAGCACGGCGAAGGGGGUGUAUCAAAACUGGGCAAUAAUGCAAAAAGAGAAGAGCAACUGGCAACUGUGGAUGAUAUAUUCGUUUGGGCAGUAGCUAAUAUAAAAACGGAUGUGGCUUUAGCCCUUUUACCUAGAGCCGAAUACCCUCUGGGCUGUAUUCUAUUCGCAAUCUGUAUUCUAAAUGUUUUAAAAGUUGAAAUUGGAGUUUUAAAUGAAUUGUAUGAUAAUGUUGAAGUUGCUAUUGAAAAAUUUGAGAAGCUCUCUGUAUUAUUCAUAAAUAGAUGUGAGAAUAUUAAUAUUCACAAUACUCAACUACUAUUAGUUCGAUCUAUACCGAAAUUCGCUUACCAAUCGCCUUUAAUUUUGGCCAAGACUGCAGUGAAUCAAUCCUUCAUUGUAACUGACGCUUGUAAACAAGUUAUUGAGGGAAGAUGGAAAGGAUUAUUCAAGACUGACGUUCAGGGAUUUCAAAUAACUAGCUUGAUAUUUACUGCACCCUUUGUUUUUCUAUCUAAAAAAUGGAGAGAGAAUAAUAUUAAAACUAUUAAUGACGAUCCAAUCCUAAAUCUUAAAAAGAAGAUUGAAGGCUAUGAUUUAAAAGAAGAUAAAGUCUUUGGCUAUAGGGAGAGUUUAUUAGAGUUUAUUAAAGAUUGUCCUAUAAAUAGGAUGAUGUUAAAUCUUCUAAAUACGGUUGCCUUAAUAGUAAUAUUUGUUUUUCAAAUAUUACAACCAAAUCCUCCAGAAAUUAUUUUUCAUGUUCUAUUUGCUUUCGUUUUAACUCUUGUAGUUCAGGAGAUCUUGGAAAUAGCAAGAGAAUUUAAAAUGCAGAGUAGAAACCCUUUGAGUGAAUAUUUAUUGGACGCGUGGAAUCUUUUAGAUAUUACUGCAAUUUUUACUUAUAUAAUUGGCUAUACUUUUCAUCAAUGUGGAUUUAACGAAGGAUGGUGUAGACUUUGUUUUGGUUUGAGCCUAUCGGCUUUCAUUUUGGGCUUAUUACAGUACUUAACAGUUCUUAUAAGAGUUGGACACCAAAUAAUAACUAUUGGUAAAUUGCUGGGCGAACUAACAACUUUUCUGUUUAUCCUGGCAUUUUUCCAUUUGGCUUAUAGUUUCGGCUCAUUUGCCAUGCUUCGUCCUAGCGCAAGAGCUGAUUCAAAUACCGUAGAACUGCUCUUGAUGCAUCCCUAUUUCCAAAUGUUGGGUGCCAUUGAAGUGGAAAAUAUUGAUAAGAGCGAUCAAUCGAGAGAGUACUGUUACAAAAACGAGACUAUGAAUGCGCCAGAAGGCUGUGUUAUUGAACAAGGAGAAAAAGCAUUUCCCUAUAUUCUGGCAAUAUAUGUUAUUCUAACAAACAUUCUACUAUUAAAUUUAUUAAUUGCUACGUUCACAUACACUUUUGAUAAGAUACAAAGAACUCAAAAAGAAGUGUACUACUAUGGUAAAUUUGUAACAGUAAUGGAUUAUCAAAACAGAGGGGCCUGUCUUCUCGUAUUUUCACUUUUUACGUUUCUCUAUUAUCUAAUGUCAAUCAAAGAUAAUGAAUCUAUAUUUAAUAUUCGAAUGAAAUAUAAACCUAAAAGAUCAAGGGGCUUCUUUACAUGGAUCAGAAGUAGUCAAAAUAGUGACGACGUUCAUUUAGAUACUCUUGCAAGUAGUGUUUAUGGAAGAAGUCUCUCAGGAUAUUCAAAUGGUCAAAAUCAAAUGACAAUAGAAGAAAAACUACAUAUAGAAAAAGAAAACGAGAUUAAACGUAUAGAUGAACAACUAUCCUUAUGGGAAGAUGAUGUACGAGAUAAACUGUUUAUAGAGAAAAACGGAGAGCUAUCAUAAAUUAUAUAAAAUGCAGAAAUAAUAUUAAUAUUUUAAGAAAAAGCCUAUUGUAUUCACUUCAUCUACCAGACACAAUCAUUUCCUACUUGAUCUAUGUGGUUAAUAGGACGACAGUUUCUGUUUGAUAAGCUAUAAUUGAGAAAUUAAACAAGUCUCAUGGAUAUAAAAUCAGAAAAAUAGUAUGCUCCUAAAUUACUUGUCUCCAAUAAGGUAUUCAUCACUCUUCAUUGUCAAAUAUAAACUCUUCAAAAGUACUUUUCCCUCUAUCAAACAUAACCUAAAUAGGCUUUUCUGCUUACUUAUAUAUACAGUAAACUGCUUUUAUCCUUCUUUCUUUCUCUAAUAGAUGGCACUAGAAAUAUUAUUCUAUAUCUUCUUUUUAUUUUAGUAAAUAUGACAUAAUUAAAAAAAUAGGAUAAAGUGUUAACAAUACAUUAUUAGCAAGAAAAAUGCCAUAUAAAUUAAUGUUGUUAGUUCUAUGUUUUUAGAGAGAAUAAAAAUCAAGUAUCUUUCAAUGUUUAUAAAUAUCAAUUCCUACUUACACAGAAUAGCAGAAUACAAUGAAAUAUAAAUAAAA